UUAAUAUGAAGGUUAGGGAAGUGGGCCCAUGCUUGUGUUACAGAAGCUGCCUGUCAGUAAAGCGGACCACUUUUUUUUUUUUUUUAACCACAGGCCCACACACGUCCUUCGCUAUGUUCCGUUAUGGUGAUAUGUUUCUCUUCGACCAAACCUGCUCUAUUCUUCUCCUUCCUCUUUAAACAACAGCUUCUGAACCUCAGGACUGACGACCUGCAUGUAGUUUAAAGACUUCAGUAACAGAUCUAAAGACUCGGCUUCUUGAUUUUGGAGUAUUUUAUUGAACCUUUUUAUUUCAGAGUUAUCAGAGAUGGAAGGCUCUGAAAGUGCAAUAAACAGAUUUGGGCGUGCUAUCUGGACUGUUUGGGGUUACCUUAGAGGAACUGUAGGAAGAUAUCUCAGACCGGAGGUUACGAAUGAAGAGGCCCACAAUCUGCACUUUAAGCAAGAAGACAGUGAAGCGAUCAGUAAGAGUUCUAUAGAGUUAAAAGAAAAAGAAGAGGGAAAAGAACGAACUGAAACAAAGUUAAAUGAGACAAGAGAUGAUUUGCUGUGUCCUGGGGUUAGAGUACGGGCCGCUGCUGUUCAGUGGGAAAGUAUUGCUCAUGGUGGUCAUGAAGUAAAAGACAAAAGCAAACACAUUUGCCAUAGCUCAGAAGAGAAAAACAAGAAAUCACAGACAAAGUCGGAUAAUGAGCAAAUUUUCGAAAACCAAGAAAAAUUCUCUGCUUACACUGAUGCAGGUAUAAAGAACCGAGACAGUACAUUGUCUGGAAGUGAGGAAGGUGAUCUAAAUGCUGAGAGGCGUGAACAGGAACAGACAAAGAAACUGGAAAAGAAAGAAGAAGAGAAAACCAUGAUGAUAGAGAAUGAUGACACUGAAAAAGAACACCUUAAAUGCAAGUUUGUUAACCAGAAUUUAUCGACCAAGGAAGCAAAUCUAAGUGUUGAAAGAAGUGAAAAGAACCAGGAGCAGGAAAAGGCAUCAGAAAAACAUGUAGAAGUGGAAGAUGUUGAUGAACUUAUGAGGCAAGAGAAUGAUGAAACUCAAAAAGAACAGAGUCAGGAGAAAACAAGGAAACAGAAGGAGGAAGAUGUUGACAUAAUGAGGAAAGACAAAGAUAAACAUGAAAAAGAACUACUUAAAAAUGAGUCCAUUAACCAAGGCUUAUUAACAAAUGAGAUUGAUAUAACUGUUGAGAGAAAUGAAAACAGUCAGGAGCAGAAAAGGAAACAAGAAGAGGAAGACAAACUCGUUGAUGAAAUUAUAAAAAGAGAAAAUGAAGUACCUGAAAAAGACCCAACUAAAAGUCAGUUUGUUGAACAGGCUUUAUUAACAAAGGAAGCUGCCUUAAAUGUUGAAAGGGGUAAAAGCAGCCAGGAACAAAGAACAAAACAUGAAGAGGCAGAAAAUAGUGAUAAAAUAAUAACGAGACUGAUUGAAACUGGAAAUGAAAUUCUGACAAGAGACAAUAAUCAAAAUGAUGAAGAACCUAUUAAAUGUGAGUUUAAUGACCAGGGCUUUUUAACUAAUGAAGCUGAUCUAAAUGUAGAGACUGAAGGCAGCCAGGAUAUAAAAAGUUUACUGGCAGUGGAAGCUGACCUAAAUGUUGAAAAUAUUGAAAACCAGGAACAGAUAAGGAAACUGGAAAAGGAAGAGAGGAGUCAUGAACAAAUCUCAAGGAGAGAGUAUGAGAGAAGUGAAGAAGAACCCAUUAACAGUGAGUUUAUCAAACAAGGCUUACUAGCUGAGAAAGGUGAUCUAUAUGCUGGGAGAAAUGAAAACCAGGAGCAGAGAAGGAAAUUUGUAGAGGAGAGUAUUGAAGAAAUCUCAAGGAGAGAGUAUGACGAAGGUGAAGAAGAACAUAUUAAAAGUGAGUUUAUCACACAAGGCUCAUUGGCUGAGGAAGCUGAUCUAAAUGCUGAGAGGAAUGAAAUCCUGGAGCAGAGAAGGAAACUGGAAGAGGAGGAGGAAGGUCUUGAAGAAAUCUCAAGGAAAGAGUAUGAUGAAGGUGAAAAAGAACCUAUUAAAAUGGAAUUUAUCAAACACGGCUCACUGGCAGAGGAAGCUGACCUAAAUAUUGAGAGGAAUGAAAUCCUGGAGCAGAGAAGGAAACUGAAAAAGGAAGAGGAAGGUCUUAAAGAGCAUGAUGAAGGUGAAGAAGAACCAAUUAAAAGUGAGUUUAUCACACAAGGCUCAUUGGCUGAGGAAGCUGAUCUAAAUGCUGAGAGUAAUGAAAACCAGGAGCAGACAAGGAAGCUUGAAGAAGAAGAGGAGAGAAUCGAAGAAAUCUCAAGGAGAGAGUGUGAUGAAGGUGAAGAAGAACCUAGUAAAAGUGAGUUAAUAGGUUCGAAGAAGCAGAGAAGGAAACUGGAAAAGGAGGAGGAAGGUCUUGAAGAAAUCUCAAGGAAAGAGUAUGAUGAAGGUGAAGAAGAACCUAUUAAAAGUGUGUUUAUCACACAAGGCUCAUUGGCUGAGGAAGCUGAUCUAAAUGCUGAGAGGAAUGAAAUCCUGGAGCAGAGAAGGAAACUGGAAAAGGAGGAGGAAGAACUUGAAGAAAUCUCAAGGAAAGAGUAUGAUGAAGGUGAAGAAGAACCAAUUAAAAGUAAGUUUAUCACACAAGGCUCAUUGGCUAAGGAAGCUGAUCUAAAUGCUGAGAGUAAUGAAAACCAGGAGCAGACAAGGAAGCUUGAAGAAGAAGAGGAGAGAAUUGAAGAAAUCUCAAGGGAAGAGUAUGAUGAAGGUGAAGAAGAAUUUAUUAAAAUGGAAUUUAUCAAACACGGCUCACUGGCAGAGGAAGCUGACCUAAAUAUUGAGAGGAAUGAAAUCCUGGAGCAGAGAAGGAAACUGGAAAAGGAUGAGGAAGGUCUUGAAGAAAUCUCAAGGAGAGAGUAUGAUGAAGUUAAAGAAGAACCCAUUAAAAGUGAGCUUGUCACACCUGGCUUACUGGCUGAGAAACCUGAUCUAGAUCUUGAGAGAAAUGAAAACCAGGAGCAGAUAAGGAAACUUGAAGAGGAUGAGCAAUGCAUUGAAGAUAUCUCAAUGAAAGAGUAUGAUGAAGGUGAAGAAGAACCUAUUAAAAGUGAUUUUAUCACACAAGGCUCAUUGGCUGAGGAAGCUGAUCUAAAUGCUGAGAGGAAUGAAAUCCUGGAGCAGAGAAGGAAACUGGAAAAGGAGGAGGAAGGUCUUGAAGAAAUCUCAAGGAAAGAGUAUGAUGAAGGUGAAGAAGAACCUAUUAAAAGUGAGUUUAUCACACAAGGCUCAUUGGCUGAGGAAGCUGAUCUAAAUGCUGAGAUGAAUGAAAUCCUGGAGCAGAGAAGGAAACUGGAAAAGGAAGAGAAAGGUCUUGAAGAAAUCUCAAGGAGAGAGUAUGAUGAAGGUAAAGAAGAACCCAUUAAAAGUGAGCUUGUCACACCUGGCUUACUGGCUGAGGAACCUGAUCUAAAUCUUGAGAGAAAUGAAAACCAGGAGCAGAGAAGGAAACUUGAAGAGGAUGAGCAAUGCAUUGAAGAUAUCUCAAGGAAAGAGUAUGAUGGAGAUGAAGAAGAACCUAUUAAAAGUGAGUUUAUCACACAAGGCUCAUUGGCUGAGGAAGCUGAUCUAAAUGCUGAGAGGAAUGAAAUCCUGGAGCAGAGAAGGAAACUGGAAAAGGAGGAGAAAGGUCUUGAAGAAAUCUCAAAGAAAGAGUAUGAUGAAGGUAAAGAAGAACCUAUUAAAAGUGUGUUUAUCACACAAGGCUUAUUGGCUGAGGAAGCUGAUCUAAAUUCUGAGAGUAAUGAAAACCAGGAGCAGACAAGAAAGCUUGAAGAAGAAGAGGAGAGAAUUGAAGAAAUCUCAAGGAGAGAGUAUGAUGAAGGUGAAGAAGAACCUAUUAAAAGUGAUUUUAUCACACAAGGCUCAUUGGCUGAGGAAGCUGAUCUAAAUGCUGAGAGGGAUGAGAUCCUGGAGCAGAGAAGGAAACUGGAAAAGGAGAAGGAAGGUCUUGAAGAAAUCUCAAGGAAAGAGUAUGAUGAAGGUGAAGAAGAACCUAUUAAAAGUGAGUUUAUCACACAAGGCUCAUUGGCUGAGGAAGCUGAUCUAAAUGCUGAGAGGAAUGAAAUCCUGGAGCAGAGAAGGAAACUGGAAAAGGAAGAGAAAGGUCUUGAAGAAAUCUCAAGGAGAGAGUAUGAUGAAGGUAAAGAAGAACCCAUUAAAAGUGAGCUUGUCACACCUGGCUUACUGGCUGAGGAACCUGAUCUAAAUCUUGAGAGAAAUGAAAACCAGGAGCAGAUAAGGAAACUUGAAGAGGAUGAGCAAUGCAUUGAAGAUAUCUCAAGGAAAGAGUAUGAUGGAGGUGAAGAAGAACCUAUUAACAGUGAGUUUAUCACACAAGGCUCAUUGGCUGAGGAAGAUGAUCUAAAUGCUGAGAGGAAUGAAAUCCUGGAGCAGAGAAGGAAACUGGAAAAGGAGGAGGAAGGUCUUAAAGAAAUUUCAAGGAAAGAGUAUGAUGAAGGUGAAGAAGAACCUAUUAAAAGUGAGUUUAUCACACAAGGCUCAUUGGCUGAGGAAGCUGAUCUAAAUGCUGAGAGUAAUGAAAACCAGGAGCAGACAAGGAAGCUUGAAGAAGAAGAGGAGAGAAUUGAAGAAAUCUCAAGGAGAGAGUAUGAUGAAGGUGAAGAAGAACCUAUUAAAAGUGAGUUUAUCAAACAAGGCUCAUUGGCUGAGGAAGCUGAUCUAAAUGCUGAGAGUAAUGAAAACCAGGAGCAGAGAAGAAAACUUGAAGAGGAGAGUACUGAACAAAUCUCAAGAAGAGAGUAUGAUAAAGGUGAAGAAGAACCUAUUAAAAGUGAGUUUAUCAAACAAGGCUCAUUGGCUGAGGAAGCUGAUCUAAAUGCUGAGAGUAAUGAAAACCAGGAGCAGAGAAGAAAACUUGAUCAGGAGAGUAUUGAACAAAUCUCAAGAAGAGAGUAUGAUAAAGGUAAAGAAGAACCAAUUAAAAGUGAGUUUAUCAAACAAGUCUCAUUGGCUGAGGAAGCUGAUCUAAAUGCUAAGAGUAAUGAAAACCAGGAGCAGACAAGGAAACUUGAAGAAGAAGAGGAGAGUAUUGAAGAAAUCUCAAGGAGAGAGUAUGAUGAAGGUGAAGAAGAACCUAUUAAAAGUGAGUUUUUCAAACAAGGCUCAUUGGCAGAGGAAGCUGAUGUAAAUGCUGAGAGAAAUGAAAACCAGGAGCAGAGAAAGAAGCAUGAAGAGGAUGAGCAAUGCAUUGAAAAAAUCUCAAUGAAAGAGUAUGAUGAAGGUGAAGAAGAACCAAUUAAAAGUGGGUUUAUCAAACAAGGCUUACUGGCUGAGGAAGGUGAUCUGAAUGCGAAGAGGAAUGAAAACCAGGAGCAGAGAAGUAAAAAGGAAAAGGAAAGUAUUGAAGAAAUCUCAAUUAAAAAGUAUAAUGAACAUGAUAAAGAACCAAUUAAAAGUGAUUUUACUGACCAAAGCUUUGACCCUGAAGAACAGGCAGGUGUGUGUGAAAUGGAAAAUAAAGCAGUGGCCCCAUUGGUCUCAGUGAAGAAUAUAACAGAAUGUGUUUAUGAUCAGGACAUAAAUGAGCUAAAUGUAAGAACUGAGCAUGAAUAUGAAGUGAGUAAAUCACAAAUGGUGGAUGAAGGCAUGUUUAUUCAGCUGGACUCAACACAGGAAUUAAGGAGUCUUUUAAAUGACACCUCAGUUUUGCAUGAAAAGGAAGUAAUUGAAGGCCACAAUGAGGAAACAAAUCAAGAGACCGUGGAAAAAGAGAACGAUGGACAUCGUGAAGAGUUCUCAGGAUGUGAACAUGUUACAGACACUGGCAUUGUAGAAGAACAGAAAGUCUGUGGCACGGAAUUGAAACAAUUUGACGUUGUUGACAGAAUUGUGGUGAUUGAGUCUGACCUAUUGGAGAUGGCACAGAUUGAAACGGCAAAAAUGUCUGAGGCCAGUAAUGCACAAAAAGCUGAUUCAGAGAUGGUCUUGAAUAUAGAUCUCGAAGAGUUGGAUGAUAAAGCUUGUGAUCAAAACAGUUCAGAAAUACAACAACCAGCUAUAGUGACUGAAGAAAACAUUGAGGGUGUCAUUACACGACCAGAAACAGGCACAGGAAACCAAACGGAAACUGUCAAAACCACACCAAAAUUCAGAGCAGAAGCUGCUGCAAUGGAUGUGAAGAAAUCGACUGAGAAAGAUACAAGCUCAUACAAGCAGCCAAUAGAGAGAGAAGAGGUGGCUGUACAAGAAAAAACAGGCCAGUGCUUUCUUGAACAAUGGUCUUUGCUAGAAGAACCAAAUGAUACAAGAAUAAAUGAAUUGAGGUUGUGUGAAGCACCACUUAGUGAAGUAAAAUCAGUUAGUCUGGAAAGGGUAGAUAAACCUGCAGUUGAGUCUAUUUAUGAAAUGCAAAGUUCUUCAUUUCAGGAGGAGUGCUCCAGUGAAACUGCAUUUAAAAUAAAAGCAAUAUCCAGCUCUCCUGGUCAGACACCCGAAGACUUUGAAACGCGCAGUGAAGAAACCCUUAUGAGCAGGGGUGAACAUACAUAUGAGCAAGCUCAACCCAAUUGCAGUUUUUCCCUUGUAGAAAAGACAAUUUUUGGUGACAACCCAGUAGAGGAUAAAAUAAAUCAGGAUAAGUACAAAGUUUUAUCACUUAAACGUGAGAUUGGAUAUUCAGAGGGCUUGUGCUUACCGGAGAGAGAAUCAGAACAGGAAACACUCGAGAUGCCAAAGAAUUUACUGAAAGAUACAGAAGAACAAGAGCUGAUCGAUAAGGCAGAGCCUGGAUUAUUAGUUGAAAUAAAGGAUGUCACACCGCGUUUUGGAGUUAUGAAGGGAAUAAUAAGUGAUUUGACAAAGAAAUUAGAUAAAAGAAGAAAUGAUCAUGAAAGUGAGGUUGAAAACCUCAAAGAAAUGUCAGGGAGCAACUUGAACGUAGAGAUACUAAGUGACACAAAGGAAUGUAAAAUAGAUUUCGUAGCAGAAAUGACAGAUAUUGAAAGCAUAGGAAGCAUUUCAACAAUUGGGGAGAUGGAAUCAGGGGAAAAAACACAGGAACCCAUUACUAAGGAAGAAAAAGAUAAGUGCCAGUUGGUCUUUUCUGAAACAACAGCAUCAAAGGAAAUUAGCAAAGAACUGAAAAAAGAAAUUAAACAUGGAGAAUCAGUAAUGGACAGUAAAGAGUACAAGGAAGAAAGAGACAGAUCUGGACAGAAGAGAGGGUUCGAAAAUGUGGCAGGAGACAAGGAUAAGGAUAAACCAUCUGGAUUAACAGAUCUUUUAUUUCUAUCAGAGGCUUCAUCCUUGGACUUUACAGUCCAGAAGUCGAAGAUUGCUGUAAAAAAUCCUCUCGUUCGACCUCCUAAAGACCCUCGUAUGCUUAUAAACAUGCCUUCUGUAGAACCCUUGACACCUCCUCAACCUACACAACCCAGCUUCCUUAAAAAGAGUCCUUUAGGAGGUGCAUCAAUACCAAAAGGUGUGAUUGGAUUCAAACUCCCUGGUCUGGGUGCUGGCUUCCCUGCGCUAAGAAAAACAGAAGCUGGCAAAAAAAUAAGAGAUGGAGAAGACACAGAGAGUGCAACAUCACAGAAGUCUGAUUCAAGCUCACAGUCAGCAGAUGAUAAUGUCAAGCAAGAGACAUUGCCUCCGAAACCGAAAUGGACACCACCGAGACAACCUGGGAUGGGCAGCCCAAUGAUGAUGGCAGAGCUGAAGAGCAAACUCAGAAAACCAGCAAAAGAGUAACAUAAUAAUAAUAAUAAUAAUAAUAAAAUACCAAAGGAUGAUGAAGUUUAAUGUCACAUCUGUGCAUUGUAAAUAAACUUGUGUUUUAAAAAAGAUACAAUGUAUGUAAUACCUUUAUGUGCUUAAGUUAUAUACUGUACCCUAUUGAACUGGAAUUAAAGACAUAAAUACAAUAGAUCAGGCAUGUGAUUGUGUG